UCGCUCACUUUAAUGUAAAAAAAAAAAAAAAAAAAGUCAUAAUUUCCCCAAAUAUUAAUUUCUCGCAGAAGAAAUCAGAAAAUAUUCUCAAUUUCUCAGCAUCCAAACGCCCUUCAUCAGCAUCACCAUCAUCAUUAUCAUCAUGUUGUGGAUGGAGAUCCUUUGUGGUCUAAUCAUUUACAAGUUGUACCGCCGCUUCUUCUCCGACGAUGACGAUCUUUUGGAGGUCGAAUCCUCGGAUACCACUGCUCUUUUCAACGUUGCUAAUAGACUUGAAAAGCUUUAUGGAGGAAAGGUGUAUGUCGGUCUUCGAAUUCCAGAUGCUGAUACUGGUUCACGACAGAACGUGGAUAUGGUACUUGUUACCAAAGGGGAGGCAGUGGUGAUCUCUGUCAAGAAUUUGUCAGGAUUGGUAACAAUUAGUGGUGAUGGCAGCUGGGUUUGUGAAAGUAGUAAACACAAGGCAGAGCAUUUUCCUGAUCCUGUGGGGGAGACAAAGAAACAAGCAUCUGUUCUUGAAUCAUAUUUAGAACAAAGGGGAGUUGCUCUACCAGAAGGAUAUUUGUCUUACAAAGUUGUGCUUCCAAAUCCAAAGUUCUGGACCAUUCAUUUGAGCAAUUUUCCUUCUGAGGUCAUUACAUAUGAUCAGUGGGUGCAGUUGAAACCGGAACCAAAAGGCAUGUUUUCUGGGUGGAUUAAGGGUGCCUUUCGUGGUGGAAAGAAAGACAUGCAAGAAUCUAUACAUGAGAAGCUUAAUUUUACUCUCAGCACAGCUCCAAUGUGGGACAGGUUGGAGCUUAAAGGUAACAAAUAUAUCCUAGGAGAAUUUCUGGAAUUCAAAGGAAAAGAAGAAGAUAUCAUUACUUUGAGAAACAUCAAGAGAUCAAAAGUUAGACGUCUUAUUGUCCAAAAGACAAGCAUGUUGGGACUAGCCCAUUCAAAGCUUCAAGUAUUGUACUCCCCUCGCGAUUAUAGGAGUGAAGGGGCUUCAAGUUCUGAGUGGAAAGAAGCAACCGUGAGAUCAAGUACAGAGGUGUUAUUUCAGCCAGAGAACUCCAGAAAAGUUCGCAAAUUCAAACUCUCUUCAAUUAUCUCCAUGUCGUUGAGUGCCUGAAGAUGCUUUUGAUGAAUGUGUAUUUCAUUGCUGGAAUUCACAGUUAUGAUGCGCCCUAGAAGUUUAAACUGCUUUCUCAAUAAGUGUGGUGUUAAUUGUCAUGGUUGUGUGGCAUGUAUGUGUGGUAUGGGGUUGUAAUAACUGAGCAUAUAUAAGAUCAAUUUUGAAGAAAAGAAACGCCUUAUUAUUCUUGGAUU